UGGGCAGCUGGUGGGCGGGACUCUUAUCGUGCGAGUCCGUACCGAGUACGUGGGAGAGUCAGUGUUUUUCCGAUUUCAGAGUGCGGCCUGCACAGCAGCAACCACAACUACAUAAUCAUCGGUGGAACGGUUAACAAAGUUUUAUGUGCAACGAAUUAAAGUGCAACGAAAUGCAAAUAAACCAAAGUAUGGCGCUCAAGUAAAAAACUUCACUCCACUUCAGUGUGCGCGUUCAAUUCGAAAGGCCAAAUUCAAAGGCGGCUCCGUUGAGUGUCAAAGAAGAAGAAGAAGACGACAAAUUUUGUCCCCAAAACACAACAACAUACUCGGACCAGGACAAAAAUGACGGAGCAAAAGAAUCAGGUGACACGUGCUGCACCGGAACAGAGCAACGAUUAUCGAGUUGUGGUAUUUGGUGCCGGUGGCGUAGGCAAAAGUUCGCUAGUAUUACGCUUCAUCAAGGGCACAUUUCGUGAGAGUUAUAUACCAACAAUUGAGGAUACCUAUCGGCAGGUUAUCAGUUGCAAUAAGAACAUUUGCACGUUACAAAUCACAGACACAACCGGCUCCCAUCAAUUCCCGGCCAUGCAGCGUCUAUCCAUAUCGAAGGGACAUGCAUUCAUAUUGGUCUAUUCAGUGUGCUCUAAACAAAGUUUAGAGGAACUGCGUCCCAUUUGGGCAUUAAUCAAGGAGCUAAAGGGUGCCGAUAUACCCAAUAUACCCGUUAUGCUGGUGGGCAACAAGUGUGACGAGACCGCCGAAUUGCGUGAAGUUUCACAAAUUGAGGGUCAGGCUCAGGCAACCACAUGGAGUAUAUCCUUUAUGGAGACAUCAGCAAAAACCAAUCAUAAUGUAACAGAACUCUUUCAAGAGCUUCUCAAUAUGGAGAAAACACGAACAGUCUCCCUGCAAUUGGAUACGAAAAAGCAAAAGAAACAAAAAAAGGAAAAGAAAUCAAAGGAUACGAAUGGCUCCAUACCAGAGAAUGGUGAGGCGGGAGUCAGCGGUGGUGGUGGUGGUGCCAAAGAGAAGUGUCGCGUUAUGUAAGCAUCGUAUUACAAUAGAAAUAGAAAUUGAAAUGGUGACAGACAAAUACUCGCUUUGGGAUAGUAGAGCUGGGUUAAGCAGCAUACCCAGAAAUCACCCAUUCACACCCACACCAAUACAUCUUCUUCUCCAACACACACACACACUCACACACACACGCACACACACGUUCAUCUAGAGUUACAUACUGAUAGUAUCAGAGGAGAGGAGAGCUGCCUGUUAGACGUAUGUAUAAUAUAAUGCAUAAUGAUUACAAGUAGAUUUAAUUUUUGCAUAGAUUUUCAAUUCGGCAAACCCAUUUUAUUUUCCAAUCCCACAAUAUAAUCCCAAACACCUCAAAAAAAUCAGUAAAAAUCAGCAUCUGUCAAGUAACUGCAUACAUAUCAAAAAAAACAAAAACUUUCAUACAAACCUAACACUAUGAGUGAGGAAAAGAUAGAGGAAAUGGCGAGCGGAUAGUAUUGAAAAUUUAAGAAAAGUAGACGGAGACUAGACCCAAAUAAACACCGAUAAACAACCCAAACACACAAACAUACAUAUAUCAUAAUGUUCUAUAUGUAUACAUUAAAAUAACUCUAAUGAAAAGCCAAAGUACCUAUUAAAGCAAAAGAAGAGAAAGACAACUUAAUCUACAUACAUACAUAAUUCCCAUAAACUGAAGACUUUUUUCCAAAAUCUAAAAAUGGGGCAAUCUUAUCGAUUAGGUUACGCCCAUCAGACUAUCACUUGCUGUAUUAACUAUUUACCACCAGAACUUAAAAAAACUUAAAACAACAAUAUACUAUAUAUAUAAAUAUACACACACUCACACACACACACAAGAUUAAAUCUAGAUCACCCGAUAAGGUAAUGUAUAAAAUACUCACAGGAUACACCCCAAAUUCCAUAUGAAUCAACAAAUUUUUACAUUAAGACCGCCAGCUAAAUUGUUUCAAUUUGUUUCGUUUUUCAGUUUCUUCUUUUUUUUUUAUAUAAAUAUUUAAGAUCACAUUUAUGUAUGAUUAUGUAGAUUUUAAUGACUAGGUAAAAAAUUAACAAUUAUUUGCUGAAGUUAUUAACAAUUUCAAUAAUAACAAUAACGAAACAGAAAAAUUACGUGAGAAUAGUUAAGUCAAAGUUUAAGCACAAUUUCCGUAAAACAAAACAAACAAAUAAAUAGAAAAAGAAAAUCGUUACAACGUACAUCGAAGAGACCGAUGUAAGAAAUUAUAUCAGUUGCCUGUUUUUUAAAAACAAACAAACAAACAUCUACUUAUGUAAUUUAUAAACUAAAGAAACAAUUUAACAAAUUGUUGCGUUUUAAACAUUCUCAAAAUUUUGAUGUCGAAAUUAAAAGACAAAUUAUUUAAAGAAAAGUUUUGAAACUGUUCACAAUUUCAACAAUUUCGGUUAUUUCGCAUUGCUUUGCUGUUAUAUGAUAUUAAGAGCAAUGAGUUAUUUAUUAUGAUUUUUGUUGCAAGUAACUUUUUUAGUUUUUGGUUUAUUUUUUCGGCAGCGAAACAAAGAUAAUUACAUUACUUAAGAUCUUGCUCAUUUGUUAAACACAACGAUAGCCAGAUAGAUGAACAGACAAAAAGUAACAAAGAAUAAAAAAAAAAAAACCAAGAAACACACAAAA